AUGAAAUCAUCACUGUUGCCAUGUAUUUUGUGCCCUAUAUUGUAUUUUGUGAAUGGUGAUUUUGCUCUGAAUGUAAUGUGUGAUAUUUUUAAUUUAACUUCAGAAGAUAAAUUGUUUAGUAAUUUGAUAGAUUACUUGAAUUUUACUUUGUUAUUCUAUAUGUGGCUACAGACUACUGUACUAAUUUUUUCUUGUGAUAUGGUGGAGCAUAUAUUAAACAUAUUUUUGACAGAUUUGCCAGAAUUUCCAAUUGCAUGUCAAUUUGGAGAAGCAAAUAUUGGUACAUUACAUGAAGUACUUGCAGCUUACAAGUGUCCUGUUAUUCAGAAUUGGGGCUGUUUGGAUUUAUUCUCUCUUGCAAAAAAUGAUCCCAGAAGGAGAAAGGAAAUAUUUGCUUUAAGUCAGCCAGGUGGUCAUCCAAACAACUGGAAUGCUAUAAGAAAAGAGUGUGUACAACUCAUGGAUAAUUUUGUUGAGCAACUAAAUAUUGCCAUUUCUGAAAUGACCAACCCUCAAACUGAAAGUGGAGGGAUUCCAUCUACUCCAGUAAUCCCAGUACCCAGAAUGAGAGAAAUGUCUCCUGCAAUGAGAAAUUUAUGUCUUAUUGGUCAGGACACCUCUCUUCAAUAUGAACCUCUAAAUGAAGAGCCUUUUGUGGGUUGGCAUAAAAUUUAUGAACAUGUAGUUUUGUUUGCGAAAAGCCUUAUUCCUCCUCUGCUGAAGACAACCAGAUUGAAUCAUAUAUUUGAUAAAUUUCCAGAUGCCCAGCUGAAACUCAUUUUUUCAAACAGUUUACCUGUUAUCAAUGCAGUUCAAGGAUUAUCAUUUUUAGUUGCGGCAUCAUUGACUGAAGAUGAAUAUGGAGUGGUACAAAAGGAUUUAAAUACUAUAAUAAUUGCCAUUCAGCAGCUGAAGCUAACUGUUGAUAGAGCUCAGAAAAUAGGAAAUUUUAAACGGACUCAGAAAAAUGAACAAAAUGAUAUGCAAAUGAAAGCAGCUCUUAAAGCUUCAUUGAAACGGAGUCUGUACAAAAUAUGUGUUACUUACAGAGAUCAUAUCCAAGAGUUAGAUUUACCUUCUAGUGUAUUGAAUAGUUUGCAAGUAUAUUUGUCAUUUAAGGAGUAA